UUAAGAGGCCGCUUCGAAAAGACCGCAGAGACCAAAGCGAAACCCCCGUAUAUUUUUUGAUGAGUCAAACACAGAACGAAUGAAACUUUAAACUAAAUGCGAGGGAGAGCGCAAAAAGAAAGCAAAGUUAAUUUAAAAGUGAAAUAAAAGCAAAAACAAAACAAAAAAAUAAUAAGCAAUAAUAAUCAUAAUCGUAAUCAUAACAAAAAAGAAUAUAUAAAAUAAAUACACCACAAAAUAAGAAAGAGAAUAAAGUUCUCGGCAAAGUGCAGUUAACUGAAAGUUGCCAUAAAGUAUCGUAAAGUGAAGCGUAAAGCCAACAUAAAAUGGUGAAAAUGCUCGACCUGGACCGUCACGCUGAGUGCCCCCUGUGGGCGGCAUUAGCCUCCGAUGUGCCAUGGACGGGCAUGCACUAUGCCUGCCUCAAUGUCCUCAACAUUUACUGCAAAGUAUUCGAUAGAAAAGAAAUUUACGAUCUCAUUGUAAGGAAAACCUGCCAGUCCUGCAAGUGUCCGCGUGAGGCGCACGCCAUUUACCAGCAACAGACGACCAAUGUGCACGAAAGAUUGGGUUUCAAGCUGGUCUCCCCAGCGGAUUCCGGUGUGGAGCCGCGUGAUUUGGGCUACACGUGGGUGCCGCCAGGUGUGCGUGUCUCGUCGCGAGUGAAUCGCUACUUUGAUCAGCUGCCCGAGGAGAAGGUUCCGCGGUUGGGCAGCGAGGGAGCGCGGGUGCGAGAGCAGCAGAUCUCAUAUCAAUUGCCCAAGCAGGAUCUAUCGCUGGAGCACUGUAAACAUCUGGAGGUGCAGCAUGAGGCGUCCUUUGAGGACUUUGUGACAGCACGCAAUGAAAUUGCUUUAGACAUAGCCUAUAUCAAGGAUGCGCCUUAUGAUGAGCAUUGUGCGCACUGUGAUAACGAGAUUGCUGCCGGUGAAUUGAUUGUGGCCGCACCCAAGUUUGUGGAGAGCGUCAUGUGGCAUCCAAAGUGCUUCACGUGCAGCACCUGCAACGAACUGCUCGUCGACCUCACCUACUGUGUCCACGACGACAAGGUCUACUGCGAGCGUCAUUAUGCGGAAAUGCUGAAACCCCGCUGCACGGGCUGUGAUGAGUUAAUUUUCAGUGGCGAGUACACAAAGGCCAUGGACAAGGAUUGGCAUUCGGGCCAUUUCUGUUGCUGGCAGUGCGACGAGAGCCUCACUGGACAGCGUUACGUCAUCCGCGACGAUCAUCCCUAUUGCAUCAAGUGCUACGAGAAUGUGUUCGCGAAUACGUGCGAGGAGUGCAACAAGAUCAUUGGCAUCGAUUCGAAGGAUCUAUCCUAUAAAGACAAGCACUGGCACGAGGCCUGUUUCCUGUGCUUCAAAUGCAAUCUGAACCUGGUCGAUAAGCAAUUUGGCGCCAAGGCCGACAAGAUCUAUUGCGGCAACUGCUACGAUGCGCAGUUCGCAUCCCGUUGCGAUGGCUGCGGCGAAGUUUUUCGCGCAGGUACCAAGAAAAUGGAAUACAAAACGCGUCAGUGGCAUGAGAAUUGCUUCUGUUGCUGUGUCUGCAAGAUGGCCAUUGGCACCAAGUCGUUUAUACCGCGAGAGCAGGAAAUUUAUUGCGCCGGCUGCUACGAGGAGAAGUUUGCCACGCGUUGCAUCAAGUGCAACAAGGUAAUUACCUCAGGUGGAGUUACCUACAAGAACGAGCCGUGGCAUCGUGAGUGCUUCACUUGCACCCACUGCAACAUCACGCUGGCCGGACAGCGCUUCACCAGUCGCGACGAGAAGCCUUAUUGUGCCGAAUGUUUCGGCGAGCUGUUUGCCAAACGCUGCACAUCGUGUGUCAAGCCCAUCACUGGCAUUGGUGGCACACGCUUCAUUUCGUUUGAGGAGCGUCAUUGGCAUCACGAUUGCUUUGUCUGUGCCAGCUGCAAGGCCAGCCUGGUUGGACGCGGUUUCAUCACUGACGGACCCGACAUUCUCUGCCCCGACUGUGCCAAGCAGAAGCUGAUGUAAAGCAACUCCGCAGUCAACCUCCAAGUCAAGAACCAAGUCAUACAGUCGCCUAGCAAGUCAGGACUUGGAUGGAAGCAGUUGCAGCUGAAGAGAAGUGAAAGGCAAAUUUAAAAAAAAGGGAGCGAGAUUUAGCCAUAAAUUAAACAUUAACAAAAUUCAUCGAAAAUGGAUCAAAUCAUCGGUUUGAGCGGAAUAUGUAUUAAACGAUAUAUACAAAACAAAACAAAAAAAAAACAAAAACAAACAAAAUAAUGCCUUACACUUACACAUACAUAUACAC